AUGAAUGCCGCCUGGGAAGGCCUGAACCGGACGUGGAGAGAGAGGAUGGAGAGGUUGGAGGAGGCCAUGACGGCUUCUGUGCAGUACCAGGAUGCAUUGCAGGUCAGUGUCCCAGAAUGCAUCACUCUUUCAGCUCAGUGUGUCAGAUAAUUAAAUAAUCUGGUAUUUAUUGCACUAGUUCUUUAGGAAAGUAGAUGCUUAGAGGAAAUGUAAAUCUGUCAUGAAGUAGAGGCAGCUAUAAGUAUCAGAACCUCGAUCGUCAUUAUAGUUUUCAGAAGUUAGAUUGACUCGUGUGUGUGUGUGUGUGUGUGUGUGUGUGUGUGUGUGUGUGUGUUGCAGAGCAUGUUUGACUACCUGGACAACGCAGUGAUAAAGCUGUGUGAUAUGUCCACUGUGGGCACUGAUCUGGGAACUGUCAAACAGCAGAUCGAAGAACUCAAGGUUUGAAUCAUAAUCGACUUUUGUCAUGUAGCUUUGAUAUAAAUAGUAUACUUAAUAUUUUCCUAUAUGUUUUUAUCAUCCUCCAAAUAUUUAUAAUAUUUAUUGUACUUAAAAAACGGUUUUGACGAAAAGAUAACAUUCUCGGUAAGUCAAAAAUACGCUCUUGGUCAAAAAAGUUAACGAUCACUUUAAUGAUAAGCAAAUUGCUAGUGCAGGCCUGACUCCUCUCUCCUCUCCUCCCCUCUGAGAAGCAGUACAAGGUGGAGGUGUACCAGCAGCAGAUAGACAUGGAGAAGCUGUGCCACCAGGGGGAGCUGCUGCUCAAGAAGGUCUCGGACCAGACCGACAGAGACAUGAUCCAGGAGCCCCUUACGGAGCUCCGACACCUCUGGGACAACCUGGGGGACAAGAUCACGCACAGACAGGUACACAGACUAUGCAUUGACCUGUUGUACCCAGUGACUCCCUAACUAUUGGACAGUAGCUACAGUAGCACUGCUGCCCUCUCUAAAAGAACGCCUUCAGACCUCCGGUCCUCUGGAACUCAAACUCACUGUCGGCUAAUAGCGCUACAUUGUUGUAGGGAACCCAAUAUUUGCCAAAUCAAGUUUGUCAGUUACACACAUAGAAAUAUGGAUUAUCUUUCUAUGGUUACACAUGCAUAAUAGAUUCUACCAUUAAAAGUUGUGGUAAUUAAAUUAAAAUGAAUUGAUACUUCAGAUAUGUACAAUAGAUUACAGAUUGCAAUACAAUGCAAUACAAUGCUACAUGAUUACUGAAUAACCGCUAUUUUCCCUAUGCUGUUUCCUACAGCAUAAGGUGGAGGGUGCUCUCCUGGCACUGGGUCAGUUCCAGCAUGCCUUGUCUGAGCUGCAGUCCUGGCUGAGUCACACCCAUGCCACCCUGGACACACAGAGACCCAUCAACUCUGACCCCAAGGCCAUCGAGAUAGAACUGGCCAAGCACCACGUACGUCUACCUCUCUACAUCUAUUCCUCCCACACUCUUACCUAUCAACUCUCCAUUUCUUCUUUACUCUUUAAGUUCUAGACUCUUAACGGCCAGUUUCCCGAGACCCAUAUUAAGCCAAUCCUGUACUAAAAAGCACUUUCAAUGGAGAUUCUCCAUCAGGAAAACGGCCUUAUUAGUCUACCUCUACCUCUCUCAUCUCUCCUCAAUCUCCCCUCCAUAUCAGCCUCACUUCUGUUAUUUUCCCUUAUAGAUUAUGCAUGGCAGCCAUUUUGUGCCAGAAUGCUUGCUUCACAUCAGUUAUUGCAUUGGAGAAGUGUAACCAACACACCCUCCCUCCAUCUCUCCCUCUCUCUCUUUCAGGUGCUGAGGAAUGACGUGCUGUCCCAUCGGUCCACGGUGGAGACGGUGAACGCGGCGGGGGCUGAGCUGCUGGAGUCCAGUCCCGGGGACGAGGCCAACCACCUCCGCGGCCAGCUGGACCACCUCAACCGCGGCUGGGAGAACCUGCUACUCAAGACCCAGGACCGACAGAAACUACUGGAGGCCGCACUACACCAGGUAAGAAUAAUACAGGAGGACUGGGCUGAGAAGAGUUACAGUAUAAGUACUGUUUAACUGAACUGAACUAAGCGAAAAGAAAGAAUGAAACCAUUUCUAUCCAUUUCAUCUUACCCCUCCCUGUAAUUAUAUUUCUAUAUUAGGGGUUUCCAACUUGUACAAAUAAGAUUAUCAAGUCGCCCUAGCAAAAUGUGUUAUUUCCCAGUUAAGUAAUGGUUUAAGUACUGUACUUAAUCUUAACUAAGCUAAAAUCACAGGGCUAAUGAAUGAACCACACAGUAGCACUGCCAUUAACACACAACUCAUGACUUCCUCUCUUGUUUCCGCUCUCCUCUUCCCCUCCUCCUUGUCCCUCGUUCCCCAGGCGGAGGGUUUCCAUGGUGAGCUGGAGGAGUUCCUGCAGUGGCUGAGGAGGACAGAGAGCCAGCUGUCUGCAGCCAAACCCACAGGUGGCCUGCCUGAGACCGCCCGGGAGCAGCUGCAGCAGCACCUGGUAAUACUGGGGAUACAUUUUAUAAUACUGCAGCCUGCCCAUACAUACACGAGAUAUGAUGUGAUGGAGAAAACACAUGCACCCACUAAAUAUGAUGGAUAAUACUCAUUCACUGUACAAUCUACUAUCUAAUCUGUAAACAUAUUGUUUUUAACCAUGUGUAACGGGUGUGUUAUACAUGCACAAUACAUAACCUAUGUAGUUUAACACCUGUUGUUAUUGGGUGGAUCCUCAAAGUAUCAAACUCCUCAUUCCAAACCAUGGCCACAUAUGUUUACCAUUCAUUAUGGAGGUUAUUCAUUGUUCAUCCAUUCAACCCUUUGAAAACAUCUGUGUGUGUGUCUAUAGGAGCUCCAGACCCAGUUGGCCCAGCGCGCUGAGCAGUACAACCGGCUGCUGGACGCGGGAGAGUCCAUGUUGCUUUCCCGCGGGGGGGAGGAGGGUGGCCCCGGAGCUGGUACGACCCAGACCCAACAGAACCUGGCCCUGCUGCAGAACAAGUGGGCCAGCCUGAACACCAAGAUGGACGACCGCAGGGUAAGAGAGGAACCUUCUGUUUAGAUGCAUGAAUGAAGGGCUUACUUCUUUAAAAACCCUGACGGAGGCCAAAAGCUGAAACACCUCGGUGUUUACUUGAAACAAUAAAGAAGCUUGCUAUUUACUUCCAUUGUUCUCCAAAGGAUGCUGAAUCUUCUCUCUAAGAGCUCCUUCAGAAAAUGUAAUGGUUGCUGAGCUUAGAGCUGAAUGCUAACUUGAGAAACAAGUACCUAACGCAAAGUCGUGCAUAUUUAAUUUGUAUAUGUAUACGAAUAGCUGCACUCAUGUAUUUCUUAGGUAGGUUUUAGACUCAAACCUACCUAAGAAAUACAUGAGUGCAGCUAUUCGUAUACAUAUACAAAUUAAAUAUGCACGACUUUGCGUUAGGUACUUGUUUCUCAAACUAAUACAAUAUAGAUUUUCACAGAUAGACUAUAAAAAACACUGUUUUACAUAGGAGCUGUAUCUAUAAGUUACCUUCAAACCUUUCACUGACCAUUUUGCUCCCCCUCCACUCCCCACCGUAGGCGAAGCUAGACGAGGCGGUGUCGCUGGCCACAGGGUUCCAGUCCUCCCUCCAGGACACCAUCAACUGGCUGACCCAGGCAGAGCAGACCCUCAACAUGGCCCAGCCCCCCUCCCUCAUCCUGGACACUGUCCUCUUUCAGAUAGAUGAACACAAGGUAGGGGCAGUUUAGGCACCAUGGAAGUAUAGAGAUCCUAUGUUAUACGUGAUUGACAUUAAUUUCUAUGGUAGGUGGGGUUAUACUGGUGAGAAGUUACAAUGGAAUGGAAUGUGAUAGAAUAUACUUGACUGUAUUUUACAUAAAUAUAUUCAAAUGUAAUAUUGCAGUUUAUCAUGCAAUAAUAUGUAAGUGAAUGAUGAGUUGACUUAUCAUAUUCAUCAGACAUUUUGCAGACUUAAUACAUUUCCCUUACUCCCACCCCUCCUUUUUGUUAGCUGAUCUGCAUGUGCAUAUACGGCUGAAAUCAUGGUACCCAGAACCAAAUCAGCGAAUCAAUUUUAUGUUAAGGCUGUCAUGAGGGACUAAUACAAUUGUAAAACGCUCUCUGUCUAUCUCUGUUCACCCCAGGUGUUUGUGAAUGAGGUGAACACCCACAGGGAGCAGGUGCUGGCCCUGGAGAAGGCUGGCUCUCAGCUGCGUUUCGCCAGUCUGAAGCAGGAUGUGGUUCUGAUCAAGAACCUGCUGCUGAGUGUACAGGCCCGCUGGGACAAGCUGGUGCAGAGGUCCCUGGACCGCGGCAGACACCUCGACGAGGCCCGCAAGAGGGCCAAGCAGGUACCCUACUAGUACUGACCCCGGGGUGGUAACUCGCCCUAACCAAUAUGCAGCACCUGAAUGGAUGAUAUAUGGCAGCCAUUUUGUACCAGAAUGCACACACAUCAAUAAGAGAUGAUACACCAGUUUCUCUUGACCUCCCUCUAGUUCCAUGAGGCGUGGAGGAAACUGUCUGACUGGCUGGAGGAGGCUGAGAGCCGGCUAGACUCAGAGCUGGAGAUCUCCAACGAGCCAGACAAGAUCAAAGUACAUCUGACCAAACACAAGGUACAGUAGGAGUCUCACUUUAAAGCUCACUGUAUGGGUCUUGCAUGGAAAUAAUAGGGUUCUGAGUGAUACCCACACACAACAUAUGAUUAGGCUGCACAAUGUAGAUCCUCUGUGCUUUUGUGAGAUUUUUCACUUACCUGUACGACAUGCUAUCCUUAACUAAAUACCCCUCUCUCUGUCUCCCUCCUCCCGCCCAAAGGAGUUUCAGAAGGCUCUGGGCUCUAAGCAGCCGGUGUAUGACACCACAGUGAGGUCUGGUAAAGCCAUGAGGGACAAGGCCACGCUGCCCGAAGACACCCAGAAACUAGACCACCUACUGGGGGAGGUCAGGGACAAAUGGGACACCGUUUGUGGGAAGAGUGUGGAGAGGUGAGGGGAAAACUUGACGCCAAAUGCUUUAUUAGUAUGACUAUUAUGGUAGGGUUCUCCAACUCCAGUCCUGGAGAGCGACUGAUUGUACAGGUUUCUGUUCCAUCUGCCCAGCACUAAGUAACGCACCUGAUUCAGCUAAUUCUGGUCCUGAUUGAACCCCACAAUUAUUGAUUGGUUAUUUGAAACAAGCGUGUUAAAGCAGGUCUGGAACAAAAGCCUGCAAACCCAGUAGCUCUCCAGGAUGCUGACAUAUAGAAUACUGGAUCAUAAAAGCAAAGUUCAUAUAACGAUAGCUACAAUUUCAAUGUAAUGUGACAGCUGACUUUUUCCUUCUCCAUCUCUCAUCCAGGCAACACAAGCUGGAGGAGGCCCUGCUGUUCUCAGGUCAGUUUGCUGAGGCCCUGCAGGCCCUGGUGGACUGGCUGUACCGUGUAGAACCCCAGCUGGCUGAAGAUUUGCCUGUCCAUGGAGACCUGGACCUGGUCUCCAACCUCAUGGACUCUCACAAGGUAUUUAUUUAUUUAUGUAACAGCAAAUGUUAGACUAUUGGUUACCAUCGGUUAUGAAAAAAUAUUAAAUAAUCCAUGUGAAUUCUUAUUUAUCAAACAUCAUGUUUGACCCAUUUUUCCUAUUGGGGACUAAUUGAAUAUAUAUUCAUUCAUAUUUCACCCCUGUGCCCUAUGUUUAGGGUUAACACUAUUUCCAUGUUGUUUGACCACUGUUGGGUUAUGUCUCCUCAGGCCUUCCAAAAGGAGUUGGGGAAGAGGACCACUAGUGUCCACGCCCUGAAGCGCUCAGCCAGAGAACUGAUGGAGACGGGCCGCGACGACACCGCCUGGGUCAAAGUUCAACUGCAAGAGCUCAGCAACCGCUGGGACACAGUCUGUGCCCUGUCCGUCACCAAGCAGACCCGCCUCCAGCAGGCCCUCAAACAGGUCAGUUGGGAAGAAGCCGCCAAGUGGUUAUGCCAUCUUUAUUGUUUUUAUGUAUUAAUACAAUACUUCAAAGAUACAAAAAAUCAUGAAUUUGAUGAUAAUUUAAUGUAAAGAUACAGAUAAUUUCAGUUAAUCUUCUUUUCCUUCAUUAAUGCUAUCUGUGCAAGCACAGUACAGUGUAUAAGACCUUAAACUUAGCAAAAGCUAGAUAAAACUGAAAACCCUUUUCUCUAUCCUUCUAAUGAUCCCUCCCUCUUUCAUCCCUCUCUCUCAGGCGGAGGAGUUCCGCACGGCGGUGCAGCUGCUUCUGGAAUGGCUGUCAGAGGCAGAGCAGACGCUGCGUUUCCGUGGGGUGCUGCCCGAGGAGGCGGAGACUCUGCAGACGCUGCUCCACACCCACCGGAACUUCAUGGCCACGGUGGAGGAGAAGAGGACAGACGUGAACCAGGCAGCGGGCCAGGGCGAGGCCAUCCUCACCGCGUGCCACGCCGACUGUAUCACCACCAUCAAACACUGGAUUACCAUCAUCCGAGCCCGCUUCGAAGAGGUAGGUUGGCUGGAGAGGGAAUGGGAGAGAGAGAGUGGGAUGAAUAGAGAGAUAAGAGAGGGGGUAAAGAUUUUAAAGCCCUGUUGGGCCAGAUAGUCAUUUCAAGUAUUUCACCCAUUAAUUGGUGCAUUUUGCUUCUAUAGGUCCUCACAUGGGCCAAACAGCACGAGCAGCGUCUGGAGACGGCUCUGACAGAGCUACUCAACAACGCCACUCUAUUGGAGGAGUUGUUGUCAUGGCUGCAGUGGGCGGAGACCACCCUAGUCCAGCGUGAUGGAGAGACUCUUCCACAGGACAUCCCUCAGCUCAAAACACUCAUCACAGAACACCAGGUGGGAGGAGCCUACCUUUCUCAAACCCUCAUUGGCUAAGUUGCUAUUAUAAUUGUUAUCACCCUUUCUGAUUGGCUGUCUAAUGUCAAUCCAUUGUUCCCAGGUGUUUAUGGAGGAGAUGACCCGGAAACAGCCUGACGUGGACAAAGUGACCAAGACUUACAAGAGGAAACCAGCAGAGCCCCCUAGCAGCCUAGCUGAGAGGAGAGGAGCUCGUACGUUACCUUAUUUUACCUCACAGAGAUGCAUUUAUAUUAUGUUAAACUAAAUGCAUAUGUACCUAGAAAUGCAUAAGCGAAGAUAUACAGUGGGUGCCUGUCCCCCAAACAUUCACAGUCCAUCCUGACUGACUUCACUGAAGGAGAAAGACAAUAGAAGUCACCUAAAUAUGAUCAAACAUUCCAUCGAGUGUCAUCAACAUAAACCCAUAUAAUGCACAGUAACCAUGACACCUCUCCCUCCUCUCCCUACAGGUAAAAACCAGCAGCAACAACAGCAUCAACAACAGGCGGCGAUGCAGAUCGCCGGGGGCAACCCCCGCCUGACCCAGCUAUGCUCAAGGUGGCAGCAGGUGUGGCUGCUUGCCCUUGACCGCCAACGCAAGCUCAACGACGCCCUCGACAGGCUUGAAGAGGUACUUUAUUGUAACAACUUGAUAUUCCCUAUUCGGGCAGUAGCGGGCUUGGAGACCCGAGUUUGAGACCUGCAUCUCUGUCAUGUUCGCUACAUUGGUUUCAGAAGUGGGAUGUCUGUAUGUUUGCAGAGGGUGUCCUAUAUAGUGUCUUGUCAAAACAGACACAGGAUUUCCUCAGUGUAUUGCUCUUCCUCAUUUAUCUCACAUUAUCUUCAUUGUCUUUGUCCCCAGCUGAAAGAGUUUGCCAACUUCGACUUUGACGUGUGGAGGAAGAAGUACAUGCGCUGGAUGAACCACAAGAAGUCUCGCGUCAUGGACUUCUUCAGGCGCAUCGACAAGGACCAGGACGGCAAGAUCACUCGCCAGGAGUUCAUCGACGGCAUCCUGGCCUCAAGUAUGCUCUUGAGAGCUAGCUAGACAUCGUUAGCUCUGUUCUUUGCCCAUAGCCUGCUCCAACUUAAACUCUAGUCAAGUCCAAUAUCUUUCUGAUAAGUGCUAUAUCUUGGUCAUCAUCUUUUUCUAACUGUUUGUUGUGCUGUGCAGAGUUCCCCACCAGCAGGUUGGAGAUGACGGCGGUGGCAGACAUCUUUGACCAGGACGGAGACGGUUACAUCGACUACUACGAGUUUGUGGCGGCGCUGCACCCUAACAAGGACGCCUACCGGCCCACCACCGACGCUGACAAGAUAGAAGAUGAGGUGAGGAAGACACACACACACACACACACACACACACACACACACACACACACACACACACACACACACACACACACACAUACCCACAUAUCAUAAACAACACACACACACACAUACCCACAUAUCAUAAACGACACACACACACAUACACACACACACAGAUAUACCCACAUAUCAUAAACGACACACACACACACACGCACACUUAUUUUGAAUAACAAAGCUGGACAUUUGACUUGCCUAGUCCAAUAGCAGCUCAUGAAUUGGAGGUUAAUGGAGCCAGCCUUGUGACUUUGUCUCUCUUUCUCCCUUCUUUUUCUGUGCAGGUGACCAGACAGGUGGCACAGUGUAAAUGUACCAAGAGGUUCCAGGUGGAGCAGAUAGGAGAGAACAAGUACAGAGUAAGUCCUCCUCAGCCAGUGACUGGAUACAUUUACCAACAGUUAAUAAACACAUUAUUAUAUAUUCUGUCUGCAUGUUAUGAGUUAGUAUUAGGUAUGAGAUAUUGUAUUUUUAAAUGCAGAUGGGCCAGAGCAAUUACAAGGUGAGUUACACCUGAGUCUACAGUGCUGUGGACGUUAAAAAAUAUAUAAUCUUAAAAGCUUUUUUUGCUUGGACAGCUUCUACUUAGCUAAAUACAGUUUUCAGAUGCUACUUGAUGGAGUGAAUCUUGGUAAUGUUAAGAAUAAUGUGUAUUUUUGAAGUUGUUGCAUUUGCAGUCAUGGUGGGUCUAGGGCUGCGUCUGAAAUGGCACCCUAGUCCUUAUAUUGUGCACUACUUUUGACCAUAGUUCACUACCUUUGACCAGGGCCCUGAACAGAAGUAGUGCACUAUAUAGAGAAUAGGUUGUCAUUUCAGACACAGCCUAGUUUUUGUUAACUGAUGCUGGCUGUGUGUCACUACUUCUUUGAGCACCAAUAACUGCUGUUGUUGAACUAACGAAUGACAUCACUCCAUUUCUCACGUAUUUAAAUGUUAGCCAAUAGCAGUAGCACUCAUCUGUAUCCAUGGAAAUGCCAGCUUUGUAAGCAAGCUUCAAUAAGCUUUGCCAUAUACUCAUUAAAGAAGGUGGUCACAUAUUAUUGAUAAUUACUAAGAAAUCCGCGGGCCAAAAAAGAGCGUCUCACAGGCCGCAUCUGGCCCGCGGACCGUAUGUUAUGCACCCCGAAGCUCUUCAACAUAUCAUAUCUCUGGAUACAUAUCUCUGAUCACAGCACUACGGGAUUGAUAUGCUGUGUGUGCUUCCCACCAACAAACUAAUAUAACCAUAAUAUAACAUAAAUAUAAUUUAUAAACCAUAACAUUUAUCACAGCUUCAGGAUUAGCAACUACUACCAUCGCUGUUUUUUUUGUGAACUACAUCAUCAUUAUCCAUGGGUUAAUGAUAUCCAGUGUCUGGCCAAAGACACUGAACUAUAAACUAACUGCACCGAGCUUGGGUCACGUUGUCACGUGACAUCACACCAUUCUGUCUGUCUGACUCUCUUCUUGUGUGUUUGUCUGUCUGGCUUCACCCUUCACUGACUUAUCCAUCUUGCUGUGUCUUCGAGUGGCAGUUUAGUGGCACUUUAACCACACUAUUACAGAUCGGAAAUAAGAUCAUCCAUAGUAUCCAUAUUAUUCAAAUUCCACUGCAUCCUUUUGCUUUUGCAGUCAAAUUUAAGGUUGGUUUUAAUGGCAAGAAGACGAGUCAAUUAACUACAAAAUGAAUUGUAAAAUGUCUUACAUGGAGUAAGCUACAGUUUUAUUUCUCUAUCCAAAUUAGGUCUUAUCCAAUGCCAGGUUUAGUCUUCAUUAUUUGUGUCUGUACAUGUUAUAUCAUUCUUUCUCUUUUUCUUUCUCUUUGUUUAUUCCUCCUCCACGUCUGCUGGAUUUAUUGUAGUUCUUCCUUGGAAACCAGGUAAAGUUGACUCGAGUGUUUGGUCCUUUGAAAUCUGCUUCCUGGAUCUCCACCAAUGCAGUGGCCUCAAUUCUAUGCCACAAAAAAUGUUGCCAUGGUGACAAUGCAUUUCAUGUUUGACCGGAAAUGACAUAACACCAUUAAAUAUAGCACUACACUGUUGGUGCGAAUUAUGGAAGUGGGUUUCAUAGGCCAUUGAGGUUGUUCUCUUGGUGUGAUUUUGCACAUUUUUAAGACUUUUAUUUUGAGAAUGACAUCAAUUUGGCAGACUGGAAUGGGUUAGAAUGAUAAGGGUUAUAAUGGUAACAAGGGGUUACCCUAUCUGAUUAGCUUUGGACUGGGGCAAAUGGAAAAAUUAUGCUGUUCUGAGAGUAAUUCAAAAUUAACAUUGGUCCCUUAUCUGUUUGUGCUGUCUUGCCAACUCUAUGGUCAUUGUCACAAUGACCAUGAAUCCCCAAAGAGUUGACAAGACAGCACAAACAGACACAGGCUAAUCAAAGAUAGCUCUGACGUGGUAUUGCUUCAUAGAGUUCUGCUUGCUGGGUGAUGGAGCAGUUUACCAUAGUAACUCUCUGAAGUGUAAAUGUAAUUCUGCAUGAAACAAAGCUGACUAUAAGGUAGAAUGAAAUAUUUUAGAGAUUGCCAUGGGAACUAAUAUUUUGUUUUAGUUUAUUGGGUAAGCUGGGCUUUUGACAAAUAGGUGAUUUAGUAGUAUCAUUAGUGCAUGGGUGUUGUAGUAUAAUUUGCAUGGAGUGGAGUGUACUUUUGCUCAGAUUGGUAUGGGUUGCUGUGUAUAAUGGCUUUGGAUUCUUAAAAUCUCAUGUCAAUAAUCGUUGUACUCACUGAAUUCCUCUCUGUUUCUCCCUCUGUCCAUUUCCUCUCCUCUCUGUUUCUCCCUCUGUCCAUUUCCUCUCCUCUCUGUUUCUCCCUCUGUCCAUUUCCUCUCCUCUCUGUUUCUCCCUCUGUCCAUUUCCUCUCCUCUCUGUUUCUCCCUCUGUCCAUUUCCUCUCCUCUCUGUUUCUCCCUCUGUCCAUUUCCUCUCCUCUCUGUUUCUCCCUCUGUCCAUUUCCUCUCCUCUCUGUUUCUCCCUCUGUCCAUUUCCUCUCCUCUCUGUUUCUCCCUCUGUCCAUUUCCUCUCCUCUCUGUUUCUCCCUCUGUCCAUUUCCUCUCCUCUCUGUUUCUCCCUCUGUCCAUUUCCUCUCCUCUCUGUUUCUCCCUCUGUCCAUUUCCUCUCCUCUCUGUUUCUCCCUCUGUCCAUUUCCUCUCCUCUCUGUUGCUGUGUUAGUUUGGUGACUCUCAGCAGUUGCGGUUGGUGCGUAUCCUGCGCAGUACGGUCAUGGUGCGGGUCGGAGGGGGCUGGAUGGCCCUGGACGAGUUCCUGGUCAAGAACGAUCCCUGCAGAGGUGUGUGGGGUUUAUUUAUGCACAGACACACACACACACACACACACACUGAGUACACAUACAAAUACAGAAUGUACGUACACACAUACUCACAUACACACACAGUUACAGAGUACAAAAUGCAAGGCACUGGUUACACUGCGAUGGACAAAAGGUAAAUAUAUGGUACUAUGGUCCACUGUUUAAACUAGACAUAGUCGGACAUAUACAUAUAACCUUUCAGGUUUACUGUUUUCAGAGUUCUCUCUGUCUACAGUCUGCUCUGAGGAGCACACCAGACAAUCUCUCUCUCUCUCUUUCUCUCUCUCUCCAUCAUCCCUUCUUUCUCUUCAUCCCAUUCUAUGAUAGUUAUUUAAGCCAGUGGGCUUGAAUCAUCUCCAUCUCUAUCCAUCUCUCUCUCUCUCUCUCUCUCUCUCUCUCUCUCUUAUGUUUCGUAUUUCUCUGUUGGUAUCCCUUCUUUUUUCAGCUCUUCAUUCAUCUCUCCCUUUCUCAUUCCUUUUUUCCAGCUUUGUUUUCUGUAUAUGCAUGGCCUUUCUUUUCUCUCUCUUACUCUUUUUCUCCUGCUACUCAGUCAUUCUUUCGAAGUAGUAUUGCAUGGUGCAUGAUCCUCAGUUCUCUUCCUCCCUUACCGUUCCUUUUGCCCCCUCCCUUCUUCCCUCUCUCUCCUUUUCUCUCUCCUUCCAGUGCAACAUCCUGGACUUAAGAUCCUUCGCUCCGACUCCAGUAGCACCAUUUCAUCUCGUAUAGGUUGGGUUUCUCUCUCGCUCUCUUUCUCUUUUUUUCUCCCUCCGCCUCUUUUUUGUUCCCUCUCUCACUCCCUCUUGGUUGUUUUUUGGUUUGGCCUUUUUGCUGUGCUUUGCUGACUGUGACACUGAACUAACGUUCCUGCCCUUUCUGGCUACAUGCUAAUGCUAGCGCGAGGGGAUCCAUAUCACAGGUUAUAGGGCCAAGUCAUUGACCUGUGUCUUUCUUUUGUUUUGAAGUUGUUUUAGCCACUUGUCACUUUGGUCCCUGAUGUGUCCACCUCCACAAUCCUUCAAUCUUGGGGACUUUACCUGUAUUUUUACUCCUUUGCCACUGUCUUCUGUGUUGAAGUGAGAGAGAGAAAGUGUGUGUACGCGAGAGAGACGCUAAGCAGAAGGAAUGUGUGUGUUUUGUCUAUGUAUUUCCACCUCACCGUGAGCAUGCCACUAUUUCACGUUGUCUCUUGUGUCUCUCAGUGACGGUCACUCCUGGCUAUUUCUGCUGCAGAGGUACCUACAUUCCCUCUCUCUUCCAUUGCUCCGUUGUCCAGCUCUCCAUCUUUCUCACUCUGUCCAUCCAUCCAGCUCUAAAUUUCUCAUUCUAACUGCUCUGUCCAUGUGCUUGUAUCUAUGUGUGGGCGUAUGUAUGUGUAUACAUGUCUAAGUCUUGUCCGUGUGCCAGUCCGCAUCAUGCUUCCCACUCAAAAAAGGAUUGGCCAGCCCUGGUCUUGGUGGUAAUGGUUGCCAUGUGGAUCCAAAAUGGCGGCACAGAUUGAAGGGCGAGUCCCAUUUAAAAACAGAGACCGUCUAAGACCUGGGUGUGGCCAGCCUGGGUUUCUAUUAGCACUUGAAGCGGCUCUUUAAAUGUAAUGGCGGGUGGGGACUGAAUUAGAGGGUGCACCUGGCUCGCUGGGGGAUGUAAUUGCAGGGCGCGCACCCAUGUAUUAUUGACUGGCCUUGCUGCUGUUGCUAGUGGAUGACUAUGAGGGGGUGUGUCCUGUCCUGGGUAUAUCUACUGACCACGGCUCCAGUGCCCUGCUGCUAAUGCUAGCUGCAGCCCUCUCAUCCCUCUUUCUUUCUCUCUCUCUUUCUUAGUCCCUUUCCUCCCUCUCUUUCCCUCCCUCUUUCUCACUGUGGCUGGCUUUUCUGGGCUUAAGUGUUGUGUGCUGGGGCUGCUGAACUAUCUUGUCUAAGAAUGCUUCUAUGAAUGUCUAUGGGAGGGGAGUCCCCCAUGGUACUGUAUUGGGGCUCCCCCAAAGCAUAACCAGGCAUGCCCCACAUAAACGCGCCAAACGCACUGUUUACGAAUUAGGGAAAGAAUAAAGGAGUCAACAGAGCGACUCCCUCGCAGUGAGAGAAGAGAGGCUGUGCUUUGGUUUACAGACAGACCUCUGUGUUCUAACUAUAUAACCAGAUAUAUAACAGUUGUUCUAAUAGUGUGGCUAUAACAAAUAAAAAUGUAUUAUCAAAGUCCAUACUUCCAAUUGCUAAACAUUUUUCACUAAUAGUUUGGAUAUACUGACCUCUAACCUCUGUGUGAGGAUGCCUUGCUGCCUUCCUCUAACCUCUGCACCAUCACAAACACUACACACCCACUCCCUCUUCCCCUUAAAGGUAGCCCAGCCAGAAGUGCACUUCACUGACUCUGAUUCCCAACCCUCCCCUCCCCGUACUCUAUCCAGCACUGACUCAACCAUACAGUGCACUGACUCUGAGAGCAGUGACUCGCCGGGGAAGCACUGACUCUGCCUCGCACUGCUCGCUGCCUCGAUAUGUACUGCAUCCAUAGUAACGAUAACUAUACGUGACUCGUUGUUUUGUCUCCCUCUUUCUUUCUUUCGCUCUCGUUCUCCUUCUUCCCUUCUUCCCUCACUCCAGCCCGAGGCCGUACCAACCUGGAGCUGCGUGAGAAGUUCAUCCUACCGGAGGGGGCUUCCCAGGGCCUGGCGGCCUUCCGCUCCCGGGGCCGGCGCUCCAAACCCGGCUCCCGCACGGCCUCGCCCACCCGUUCCUCCUCCUCGGCCUCGCACAGCGCACAUAGCUGCGCCUCCCUGCCCUCCGCUCCUGCCACCCCCACGGCCUCCUCUAGAGUAAGUGCCCUCGAAACCCAUUCUUCCCCAUAGAAAUACAAUUACUAGAACGGGAAAAGCUCCUCAGACCAUGACAACUUGACAGAACCGGUGUACUCAUCAUGGGUAGACUCAAUAUGGUAUUUAUGGGAGCUAGGUGAUAGAGCUAUAUCGCCCUUAAAGGGACAUUUCCCUGCUUCUCUUCACGUCAUAUGUUGGUUACCAUGUUAGUUAUAGUAGAACUCUGUCACAAAGAUCGGUAGUGUCUUUAAUAUAGGCUGAGCAAUCACACAAGCUACUUUAAUCGCUGUGGAAAAGGAAAGUGAACAUGGUGUCUCUCUUUAAGUGUUCCUAAUGGAAACAAAGAUUAAAAUGGAAACUGCAAGUGUACACUAUACAUAUGCAUAACAAUACUACAAUACAUGUUCACAAACUGCAGUCAGUCAUUGUCACAUGUCAGUCAUGUCAGAGUUUUAAAAAAAAGUUGUUUUGUAUUUUACCCCCUUUUUCUCCCCAAUUUCGGGAUAUCCAAUUGCGAUCCAAUUUAUGAUCUUGUCUCAUCGCGGCCAAACCCUUUUUCAUGAGCAUGGCCUUAUUUCUAUUACAGCAUAUUGGAUGACUGUCAUUCAUAUUUCAUUCACAAAGUUCAAUGUAACAGCAAUAGGUUUAAGCUACUACAUGAUACACUCAAAUUUUCCCUAUACCCAUCAUGAGGUUUCUACAACCUAGCCUAUGAAUGAAAGUUUACAACAUAGGUGCACACAGGUCGAGAUAAAUAUUUGAGGUGACAGACAGUGACACAUUCAAUACCGCCUUGCACACUCUUGCCUGCAUCUAGCUGAUCUAGGGUGUAAUCAUUAGUCCAACAGUUGCAAAUGAGAGUUUCUAUUGGACAAAUGCAGGUAUGUUUAUCCCGUUUCAUUCCGUUUGCUUCCGUUUAAGAAACGUUUUUUAACAGAAUCGGCGGAAUGAAUACACCCCUGAUCACACUUAAACACAGUUCACUUUCAUAGUAGCCACGUUGUAUUCCUUCUCACAUCUAUGCGCUCUUCUCCUUUCAUCUUUUCCCUUCGCUUAUGGACUUCAAUGCACAACACAUCAACUGUAUGUGACCAGGCGAAAAAACUUUUCCAAACCAUAUCAUAACCACUACACACAGUUUACAUCGUUGUCACUAUAUUAGCUAAAGUAACAUCAUAGUCAACAUAGCUAAUAGAACUAACGCGUUUGUAAACCCACUACAAUCAUGCAGUAACAUUACAGUGUACAAUCAGUGAGCAGUUUAGCACUUACACCGGCGGGCCCCGGUGCCAAUAAAUGAGUAAAACCAAAAGCUUACCUUGACUUGGAAGAGUUCCAGUGUUGUGUUGGAUAGUCAUAGCCAGCUAGCUAACAUUAGCAUCCCUCUGUUUGAGCAGGGUGUUUGAGUAGGCUAAACUAGCUAGCUGCAUUUGCAAAUGACAUCUCUCUCUAGCUCUCUUCAUUUUGGAAGAAAUUAAAUUGUUCAAAACUGUUCAACUAUUGUCUUGCUCUCUCUUUGAGUCAACUACUCACCACAUUUUAUGCACUGCAGUGCUAGUUAGAUGUAGCUUAUGCUUUCAGUACUAGAUUAAUUCUCUGAUCCUUUGAUUGGGUGGACAACAUGUCAGUUCAUGCUGCAAGAGCUCUGAUAGGUUGGAGGACUUCCUCCGGAAGUUGUCAUAAUUACUGUGUAAGUCUAUGGAAGGGGGUGAGAACCAUGAGCCUCCUAGGUUUGGUAUUGAAGUCAAUGUACCCAGAGGAGGAUGGAAGCUAGCUGUCCUCCGGCUUCACCAUGGUGCUACCCUACGGAGUUCUGUUAAGGCUACUGUAGACCUUUAUUGCCAAACAGUGUAUUUUAAUCAAUUAUUUUGUGACGUGAAUAUAUUUAGUAUAGUUUUAUCUAAAAAGGAUAUGUUUUUUAAUGUUUUACCAUUUUUAUGAAAUUUCACUGAGGAGGAUGGCCCUCCCCUUCCUCCUCUGAGGAGCCUCCACUGCUCAGUUCGGAUGAAACACACCUCUCCGGCCUUUCUCACGUAUACCACUGCAUCCUAAACACUAGACAAUUAUGUUUCGUAUAACGUAGUGUAGCACCACUGGUCGUAUAUUCAAUCAGUCAGUUACUGUAGCCUAGGUCAAAAUAGAAAAGUAUAUGGUCAUCGCAAGUAUACUUUCAUCACUAUCUAGUGUGGCAGUCCAACCAAGGUGCAUGAAAUGAGGAAAAACUGAGUCUAAAGAAGAUAUUCAGCCAGUCUUGGAGGACAAAGCAUGAAGCCAUAUUACCCAGAAUACCCAUAAUUAUCUGUAUUGUUGUCACUGAUCAUUAGUUGUGUAGUCUGUUUAUUGUGUGAUUUUUGUAUCGUGUAUGUGUCUUUUGUCAGUCUGUGUUGAAAUGGUUGUUUUUCUGUUUCUACAUGUCAACAACAAUCACCACGUCCUUAACUGUGAGAUUUUUAUUUGUUGUUCUGUUCUUUAUUUUUGUCUUUCUUUUGUCUCCUAAAUCCCUCCAAUCCACCCCCUGCUAACCUCGCUUGAAAAAUGUUUUUCGUUCUGUGUUUUUAAAUCAUUCCACUGUCGCACCAAAAACACUGCGCUACACUACCUGCCUCCCCUCAUACCCCUUCCUCCCUUCCUGCCUUCCCCUAUUUUCCUUUGCUCUACUUUCCUGCUUCUCUCCUUGCUUCUCCUCCUUUUUUAUUCUCCUUGGCUGCCUCCCUACCUCCCUCCUUCCCUUUGCUGAUCCCAGUCCUCAAACUCGCGUGGCUAUGCCAAGCCCUGGCUGGCACACAGUAAAACUCCAACGCCUACCAAGUGCCAGUCCUGCCCAGACCACGGCCACACCACCCAUGGGCAUGAGGUAACACACAGACCCCCCCCCCCCAACCUCCCGCCACCCCUCCCAAGCCCCAGCGAACUAAUAACGCACUAACUCACACACACUUAUCACUCACUUACGGGUGGCUAUAGACACUGCACAAUGGGACCAUGAAGACAUAGGAGACGUGAUAUAAAAAUUCAGCUUUAAGACUGAAUAUAUUUGCAUCAUAUCUUGUUUCACUGUUUUUGCUCAAUAUUCAGUUUAACAUUAUUAUGUGCAUUGUCACAAUAUUUUUGCACCCCGGCAAGAAGUGACUGGUGGUAGGUCAAUAGAAAGAGAUUCAAAGUGAUGUUCUCUUAAAGAGGAAGUAGUGAGAAAUUGUAUCAUUAUUAGCUAUCUCCAUAUACGUUGUGUUGAACUGGUAGUUCUAGGGAUUUAGUUUGGUAGUCUUGGUCAUUUUUUAAGUGAUGUGUCUGCUGUAUUAUGCUAGUAUGGGGAUGAUGCUUAAAAGUAGGACCAGCUCCUUUAGUUAAAGGUAGAUGCAGCAAUAUGACAUCAUCAUACACAACAGGGCAACAUCCUGGCUACAAACAUCAACAACAAUGAAAUUCUAAUUCACUAUUGACUUCCCAAUGUCAGCAUGCCUCAAGACUCAAAUUGGGAAGAGCCAAAAGUGACAGCCUUUUCAGAUUUGUACUCUGUUUGGUGGAUUUAUUUUUAUUUUAUUUUUUAUUUCACCUUUAUUUAACCAGGUAAGCCAGUUGAGAACAAGUUCUCAUUUCCAACUGCGACCUGGCCAAGAUAAAGCAAAGCAGUGCGAUAAAAACAACAACACAGAGUGGCGCAGUGGUCUAAUGCACUGCAUCGCAGUGCUAACCGUGCCACUAGAGAUCCUGGUUCGAAUCCAGGCUCUGUCGCAGCCGGCCGCGACCGGGAGACUCAUGGGCGGCGCACAAUUGGCCCAGCGUCGUCCAGGGUAGGGGAGGGAAUGGCCGGCAGGGAUGUAGCUCAGUUGAUACAGCAUGGCGUUUGCAACGCCAGGGUUGUGGGUUUGAUUCCCACGGGGGGCCAGUAUAAAAAAAUAUGUAUUCACUAACUGUAAGUCGCUCUGGAUAAGAGCGUCUGCUAAAUGACUUAAAUGUAAAUGUAAAUGUACAUAUGGGGUCCAAAAAACAUAAGGUCAUAAAAUACAACAGAAAAUAUAUAUACAGUGUGUGCAAAUGUAGCAAGUUAUGGAGGUAAGGCAAUAAAUAGGCUAUAGUGCAAAAUAAUUACAAUUAGUAUUAACACUGGAAUGCUAGAUGUGCAAGAGAUUAUGUGCAAAUAGAGAUACUGGGGUGCAAAAGAGCAAAAUAAAUAACAAUAUAGGGAUGAGGUAGUUGGGUGGGCUAAUUUCAGAUGGGCUGUGUACAUGUGCAGUGAUCGGUAAGGUGCUCUGACAACUGAUGCUUAAAGUUAGUGAGGGAGAUAAGAGUCUCCAGCUUCAGAGAUUUUUGCAAUUCGUUCCAGUCAUUGGCAGCAGAGAACUGGAAGGAAUGGCGGCCAAAGGAGGUGUUGGCUUUGGGAAUGACCAGUGAGAUAUACCUGCUGGAGCGCAGACUACGGGUGGGUGCUGCUAUGGUGACCAAUGAGCUAAGAUAAGGCGGGGAUUUGCCUAGCAGUGAUUUAUAGAUGGCCUGGAGCCAGUGGGUUUGACGACGAACAUGUAGUGAGGACCAGCCAACAAGAGCGUACAGGUCACAGUGGUGGGUAGUGUAUGGGGCUUUGGAGACAAAACGGAUGGCACUGUGAUAGACUACAUCCAAUUUGCUGAGUAGAGUGUUGGAGGCUAUUUUGUAAAUGACAUCGCCGAAGUCAAGGAUCGGUAGGAUAGUCAGUUUUACGAGGGAGGAAGUCGUCCCGCUGUGUAUGAUGAUGUCAUAUUGUGGUGUCUACCUUUUAAAGGCCCAGUGCAGUCAAACAUUUGAUUUGAUAUAUAUAUACAUACCAGUCAAAAGUUUGGACACACCUACUCAUUCAAGGGUUUUUCUUUAACUUUACUAUUUUUUACAUUGUAGAAUAAUAGUGAAGACAUCAAAACGAUGAAAUAACACAUUUGGAACCAUGUAGUAACCAAAAAAGAGGUUAGAAUAUAUAUUUAAUAUUUGAGAUUCUUCAAAUAGCCACCCUUUGCCUUGAUGAUAGCUUUGCACACUCUUGGCAUUCUCUCAACCAGCUUCAUGAGGACGUCACCUGGAAUGCAUUUCAAUUAACAGGUGUGCCUUCUUAAAAGUUAACUUGUGGAAUUUCUUUCCUCCUUAAUGCGUUUGAGCCAAUCAGUAGUAUUGUGACAAGGUAGGGGGGGUAUACAGAAGAUAGCCCUAUUUGGUAAAGACCAAGUCCAUAUUAUGGCAAGAACAGCUCAAAUAAGCAAAGAGAAACGACAGUCCAUCAUUACUUUAAGACAUGAAGGUCAGUCAAUACGGCAACAUUCAAGAACUUUGAAAGUUUCUUCAAGUGCAGUCGCAAAAACUAUCAAGCGCUAUGAUGAAACUGGCUCUCAUGAGGACCGCCACAGGAAUGGAAGACCCAGGGUUACCGCUGCUGCAGAGGAUAAGUUCAUUAGAGUUACCAGCCUCAGAAAUUGCAGCCCAAAGAAAUGCUUCACAGAGUUCAGGGAACAGACACAUCUCAACAUCAACUGUUCAGAGGGGACUGUGUGACUUAGGCCUUCAUGGUCGAAUUGCUGCAAAGAAAACACUACUAAAGGACACCAAUAAGAAGAAGAAACCUGCUUGGGCAAAGAAACACGAGCAAUGGACAUUAGACCGGUGGAAAUGUGUCCUUUGGCAAUACGCCAUCCCAUUUGGUUUGGGCUUAGUGGGACUAUCUUUAGCUUUUCAACAGGACAAUGACCCAACACACCUCCAGGCUGUGUAAGGGCUAUUUGACCAAGAAGGAGAGUGAUGGAGUUUGGGAUGAGUUGGACGGUAGAGUGAAGGAAAAGCAGCCAACAAGUGCUCAGCAUAUGUGGGAACUCCUUCAAGACUGUUGGAAAAUAGUGAAAUUAACUUUUAACAAGGCACACCUGUUAAUUGAAAUGCAUUCCAGGUGACUAACUUAUGAAGCUGGUUGAGUGUGCAAAGCUGUCAUCAAGGCGAAGGGUGGCUACUUUGAAGAAUCUCAAAUAUUAAAUAUAUUUUGAUUUGUUUAACACUUUUUGGGUUACUACAUGAGUCCAUAUGUGUUGUUUCAUAGUUUUGAUGUCUUCACUGUUAUUCUACAAUGUAGAAAAUAGUGCAAAUAAAGAAAAACCCUUGAAUGAGUAGGUGUGUCCAAACUUUUGACUGGUACUGUGUGUGUGUAUGUAUGUGUGUGUGUGUGUAUAUAUAGUGUGAAUAUAUAUAUAUAUAUAUAUAUUCACACUAUGUGGUCGGAAAACUUUUAAAUUGUGAAAGUGAUGAUAAUACCCUUUUAGUGUAAGAUUGCCUGAAAUUUCAGCCUGUUUUGGUGGGAGGGAGUUUUGGCUUUCCAUAGUGACAUCUCCAUGCAGUAAAUGAGUUAAUAGACCAAUAAGAAAGAGUUUCAAACCUCUGCCAAUAACAGCUAAUUUUCAGUUUUCCCUCCUCACUCAAACCACUCCUAGCAAAAUUCUUGCUUAAGAAAAUGCUCUUUGCUAAGAAGCUAUUUUUGUUUCUUUUAGACCAUGUUAAUUGAAAACAAUCACAUUAAGGUACUUCAUUGUUACCCAGAAAUGAUUUGAUAUUGAUAUAAAAACAGCUGCAUUGAACUUUUAAUGCAGUGUUUCUUAAUCCUGGUCCUGGGCACCCAAAGGGUCAGUUUUGUUUUUGCCAUAGCGCUACACAGCUGAUUCAAAUGAUCAACUCAUCAUCUUUGAUGAUUUGAACAGGUGUGUAUUGCUGAGGCAAAAACAAAAAUGUGCACCCCUUUGGGUCCCCAGGACCAGGAUUAAAAAGCAUUGCUUUAAUGUAUUCAGUAGCACAGUUUGCCACUGUCUGACAUUCCCUGUGUCUGUCUAUAGGGGGCAGCGUCGGGGUCCAAGCUGAAGAGGCCCACAUUGCACUCCAGCCGAGGGUCUCUGACUGGAGAGAAUGGAGGAGCUACACCCACUUCUACUAAACCUGGACGCAACGGUAAGAACAAAGUCCUGAUUUUUCAUACCAGUUUUGAUUCCUAUUUUCAGUCCUCUAUUUUUGUUAUCUUGGAACAUGUGAUUCCCAUAAUUAAAAUGAGACUAAACAUCAUUAUUUUCUCUAUUCUUCACUUUCUAUCCCUCAUCACCUACCCUUACCCUCCUCCUCUCAGACCCCAGGCGUACCCCAUCGGGGGCCAGUGGUGCUGCCAGCCGGGCGGGCAGCAGAGCAGGCAGCAGGGCCAGCAGCAGGCGGGGUAGCGACGCUUCGGACGCCUCAGAGCUCCUGGAGACGCACUCGGCCUGCUCAGACACCUCAGACACCCCCCGGCGACCAGGAGCGGCCAAGCCCUCCAAGAUCCCUACCAUCUCCAAGAAGGCCCCCAGCCCCAAGACACCCUCUUCUGGGAAGAAA